UCUCACCCCUCUCGCUGUCGACAAUCAACCGCGAUCCCGUUCGCGCCAACCGCCCAUCAUGUCGCUCGUGUCCGGCGAGAAGACGAACUUCCAGUACAUCUUGCGUCUGCUCAACACCAAUGUUGACGGCAAGCAGAAGAUCAUGUACGCCUUGACCCAGAUCAAGGGUGUUGGUCGCCGUUACUCCAACUUGGUCUGCAAGAAGGCUGAUGUUGACCUCAACAAGCGCGCCGGUGAGCUUACCACCGAAGAGCUUGAGCGUGUCGUCACCAUCCUCCAGAACCCUACCCAGUACAAGAUCCCCACCUGGUUCCUGAACAGACAGCGCGACAUCACCGAUGGCAAGGACUCCCAGGUUGUUUCCAACCACUUGGACAGCAAGAUGCGUGAGGAUCUCGAACGCCUGAAGAAGAUCCGCUCCCACCGUGGUCUCCGUCACUACUGGGGUCUCCGUGUCCGUGGACAGCACACCAAGACCACCGGUCGCCGUGGCCGCACCGUCGGUGUCAGCAAGAAGAAGGGCUAAGCCAUACGAGAGGGUCACAAUGCUGUGUUUUUUCCUUCGUACUUGCUGGUGGGGAUGGGGGAAUUCCUUUUUGUAUGUUGGUGUGUUUUAACGAAUUCUCGUGGGACCUGCACAUGAUCUGGUGUUAGAUAUAAAAAUUGGCACGGGUCGGAAAAUGAAACAAUCAUACCAAUAUGACAUGA